UCCAAUGCAACUUUAAAACGCACCCGCACUGUAAUUGUUUUAUUAUGACUACAAAUCACAGAAUCCUAUGUUUCUGGCUUGACAGUCAUAUCCGGUAUGGACGGAAGUUGGGCGUUAUUUCAGGUUUGAUCUGUGAAAGAUGUCGAAGAAAAAGUCAAAGAAGAAGCACAAGAAGGAGAGAAAGAGAAAGAGGUAUUCGUCAUCCAGCGAUGAUGAUGAGACCUGUGACAAGACAGAACAUACUAGAGAACGAAAGAGCUCAGAGGCCAAACAACACCACCGUGCUCGUUCCCGCUCUGAAGGCAAGGACAAUGAGAAAAAGAGGCGCCGGUUUAGUGAUCCCGAACCAGCAAAGCACGUCACCCAUAGCAGCAGAUCACGAGAAAAGGAGUACAGAAAGGCUGUCUGCAAACAGGGAAUUGCCAAGGCUCCUGAUAAAAAAUCUUCAAGUCUUCAGGGGAAGCAGGAAACUGUCUCAAAAUCCUGCAGUGACAAACUUCAGACUGACACAAUUGCAUACAAGCGGCCGACAAACUGGAAGGCCAGUCUGUUUGAAAUGCGGCUACUGAGGCCGGAAUCAGAAGGAAGGCCUGUCGAAAAGACUCUUCCUAGAGAACAUCAGGAAGAGCAAGGGAAGCUCGUGAGGAACAGCUCUAAGUCUUCCAAAGAGGGGGUCACUCACUCAAGAACUGAGGCACAGGGAUUAGAUACCUAUCACACUCUGGGAAGGGCAGUCUGCUCUGUUGGACAAUCCAAAGAUGAGCCACUUGUUGCUUUUAAAAAGGCUGUUGCCAGCAACAGCCCUGAACACAGCUUGAAGGAGCAAUACAGGCGUAAUGAAAGACCAAAGGAACAUUCAAGUGCUUUGAGAGAAAAGCCCUCUUCCAAGCCUGCUAUGUUUGGAAGGACUAUAAGUUUCAGAAUACCAAAAAAAUCUAAACCUUUUGAAAAUGCCGUUAGUGACACCAAGAGCAAAUCUUUUUUAUCGAUUUGUGACAAAAAAACAUUAUCGCAGCGAUGUCAAGAUCAAUCUGGGUCUGACAUUAAGGUUAGCUCUCUGUCUCCUUCAAGAAGUUCAGAGAAACUUAAAAGUAGUACAGUUAGCAAGCAACUCACAGCUGGAGAUGUUCAGCGUACCAGUUCCAGCACAAAAGCUACUUCUCAGGAGAGUGAUGUAGAUACCCCUACUGAAUCCCAGUUAUCCAGGAUGACAGGAGACGGCACCAGAAAGAAGAGGCCUCUGCAUGUGCACAAGGAAAAGGAAAAGUCAGUCGUUGCUUACAACAAGAAGUUGAUUUUAUAUGAAGAGGAUUCUGAAAUUCCAAGCGUGUCAUCUGAAAUGCCGAACAGUCAUGACACCGAUCAAGAGAUGCAGCUGGUGGUGGAGCUACACACAGCUCGUUCUGAGAAGCUGCUGGAGGUGAACAUGGUGCAGAGCUAUGGAGAGUUGACCUGCAUGGACAUUGAUCUUCCUGAAGAAAAAACGAAUUGUGCCCACAUUAAAGGGAGCUCACGUCAGGAUCUUCUCAUUGUUUUGGAUACCAACAUUCUCCUUAGUCACCUUGAGUUUGUCAGGACAAUAAAGGCACAUGGACUACCAGGUAUAGGUUUCCCUGCCAUCAUUAUUCCCUGGGUGGUGCUUCAGGAACUGGACUCACUAAAAAAUGGAAAGCUGUCCAUGCAUGUGGUGAAAAAAGCCAUCCCUGCAGUUAACUUCAUCUACACCUGCCUGAAAAACCAGGACCCGCAGUUAUGGGGGCAGUCCAUGCAGCAGGCUUCUCAGAGUCUAUAUGGCCUGAGUGGAGAAAACAAUGACGACCGUGUGCUGCAGUGUAGCCUGCAGUACCAGAGCUUGUACCCGAACUUGACUAUCAUUCUGUGCACUAAUGACAAGAACCUGUGCAGCAAAGCACUGCUGAGUGGCGUGAAGGCUGUAAGCAAGGUGGACCUCGUUUCAGAAUUAGAAAACCUGAAAUCCGUGGCUGACACACACAGGCAUCAGGCUCUCCAAGUCACUUGGCACCCAAAAUCCGAGGAGUCAGAGCAUGACAGGAACGACAAUGAAGCAGAGAGAAGAGAGGCAGCUGCCUCAGCCUUAGGCCCCAAGGUUGCCAGCCUUGUCUCGAUUCUGGAGGAGUGUCUGGGGAAGGUGCUGUCUGCUGUGCUUGAGAAGGAAAUGAAAAUUGCCUUUGAUGAUCUUUGGAUGGAGAUAGUAUAUUUGAAGCCUCCUUGGACCCUGCCAGACUUACUGCAGUGUUUUAAGAAACACUGGAUUGCUGUAUUUGGACAAAUUGUGCGCAGGGAUCUACUCAGUUCCAUUGAUGUCUUGUAUGACAACCUUUACAAAGGCAGGACGAUUGACAGCACCAUCAUCAAGCUGGUAUUGCAGGAAGCCCACCAGAUCUUACAGGCCUUCAAAUCCAGGUCGGACUAUGAUGGUGUUCUCUCACAGGCAUUUGCAGUGGUCAGUGGGCUGUUGCAGGAUGGCUCUCAGUCAGACUGCAAGACUCAAGAACAGAGCCCCCUAGAUGCAGGCUCGGGCACUGCACUGCCUAGGGGGAGGGUGUCCCCACUGCCCUCCGAUGACGAGACUCUCAUGUCAGACGAGCAGAACUCCCUGGAACCCUGUCCAUCACACCGAGAAGUCUGGGCCAUAUUCGAGAACAUCUGGAGCACUGUGUGCCAGUACAGUUCUGCAGUUUUUGCAACCUUUAACUACCCUUACGCCCCGGGGGCUCUGCUGCCUGAUAGAAAGCUGCCACCUCCUGAGGAAGCCUAUGCCUGUCUGCAGAAACUGUUGGCUGCUGUCAAGGAGCUCCUGGCCUGUUUCCAGAGGGUGUUGGCACAAAACAGCUGCUUUAAAGAUGUGCAGAACCUUUCCACCUUCAUCGCCAGCAGUGAGAUUACCACUAUGGGUCAAAGGUUCACUGCGCAGGAGCUGUAUGAGUGCUUGUCGCAGCAGGAGUACAGAGAAAAGCUGAGCAUGGGCUGGAAUCAAUUGGCAGAGUUGAACUUUAAUCUGGAGCAGUGCAACACAGCUGUCUGCAUGGAGGCCAGGGUCAGGGGCUGGAUGUGACCCCACCAAGCUGCAACCACAAGACUGUACCUUUCCACUCUCUUGGAACUCACUUUCCUGAUUUUGAUCUUCGUGUACACACAUUCCUCAUGGUUCUUGAGGAUGGGAAAUAACAGAACAUAACAAUAGUGACGCAGUUUUUUUUUAAAAAAAAGUUUCCUUUUUAUUGAUUUUAUAAUUUCAGAAAAUCUCGAAGGCUUUAAUACCUCACUGUUUUAUUUUAAAGUAAGGAAUUAACUCGCAGUGCAGCUUCAGUUUUUGUUUUCGAGUUUAGCGAUUCCGUAAAAAGCAGGAAAGACUGCACCUUAUGAAGCUGUAGUACUCUAGAAGACUACCAUCCUACAAGUGACUCCAAAUACGGUAUGAAAACCUCUUUGUCAUGAGAAAAUAUCUACAACCAAUUAAUGUGCCUGACCUUAAAUCACAUAACUGUCCAAUAAUAAAUCCAUUAACAUUUUUACCAACAUUUGCCUUAUGUCCCUUGUCGUGACUUUUGAAGCAUAGAAAACCUGCAGAUCUCAUUAAAUAUGAAAUAGAAAAAACGCAGUCUAAAUAUUCAAAUUACAUUUUAUUUCAGUUGAAUGGGAAUUAGUAAACAAUAAAUAUCAUUUUUUGUUAGAAAGUACUACAGGGUGCUGGAUGGAGGUAGGUUUUUAUAUGCGGUUCCACACAUUUUGGAUGCGCAUAACUAAUAGACAUUUGUCAGCAUUACUGGAGGAGAGGGUUCAGCAUAAACACAAUGCAAAUCCUCAUAGAAAACACAAGUGAAGGACGUGUAUUUUCACCAGGGAUAUCUACUUUUAUGUAUGUGGUUGGCUACCCAAAAUCAUACAGUGUGUUUUGACACACCUCCUUUGGAGUUUAAAGUUGCAUACAGAACUUCCUUUCAGGUGUUAGUUAACUUUCCAUAGGGCUUGAAAACAUAUUGAAAAGUCUCAGGUUUAUUUUUUUCUAACAUGCAGUUAAUGUUUGUUUUGGUUUAUUGUAUACUAUAUAUUUAUUCUGCACAAACGAGGGAAAGCCAAGGAAUAAGUAAUCCGUCUUCAUAUAACUACCGAUCAUUCAACCUGAGUUAUAUUUGGUCCUGCCCAAGGACAAUAUUGAUCAGCUUCAUUAACCUGUGUUCCACCCUGGUGGGUGUUAUUUUUCCAAGAAGCCAUCUUCUGCAUUGGAGGAGGUGAUAUCAAUUUACACAAGAGGGAUGUUAUAAAAGGAAUGUUAUCAUUUGGCUCAUCUCCAUAUAACAGCCAUGAAAGAUUUCAACCCUUUUUUAAGCAUUUACAGUAUUUUUCAUUAUCUGUGUGCAAUUAAAAUGCAGUUCAGAACAGGAAGAAUGUCGCACUGUUUCUUGAUCAGAUUUAAUGGUGUAAGUGAAUUGAAUGGUUUUAUCAUCUGGUGAGUUAUAACCUUUGCAGACAUGUUUUCAUAUAUAUAUAUAUAUAUAUAUAUAUAUAUAUAUAUAUAUAAAUUCAUUUUUGCAAACAAGCUAUGGGCAUUUUCAUUAGAAAACUCAUCACUAAGACCACGUUUUAGGCUUUUUAAAUCUAAAUCCUGUCUGUUUAGAUAUUUAAAAUACUGUCUUGUGUAGGGUUGUGCAAUGCAACAUCUAAAACAGUUUUGAAACUAAAACCUUUUUAGUUUACUUGUAUCUUCAAAAGUAUGUACAACACCAGAGAGCGCUCUGUUUGAAUUAUUUAAUAGAUGCAGUAUUUAGAUCAAGUGUGUCAAGUGAACUCUAAACACAGGAUCAACAGAACAAACACAUGGUUAUUGUGAGGUUUCCUUGUAGUGUUAAUUUAAAGAAUGUUUUAAAAUUGUAGUAAAUUCUAAAGAAUGAAAACAGUACAGUUAAUUUGCUCAAAGUAUGUCAGUUUAUUGUUUAGAGCAAUAUGUUUUAAAGAAAUAUUCACACUGUUGUAUAAGCCAUACAAUGUAUCUGUUUACCCUAUGAAACAGUUGUAUUGAAAUAUAUUACAAUGUUUUUCAAAA